UCCAAACACGACUUGUCAAAACCUCUGAGCGGCUCACCACUCAGCUCAGCAGUCCAGUCCUGAAAACAAAAGGGGAGGUUGAUGACAACUCCAAUAUCAUUUUUUUAAACAAAUUAUAGUUAGUGAAGGAAAAGCUAGGAUGCUACCUCCGACUGGUGGCGCCCGAAUGAGUACUCGUACUAGUGGGAGUCAAAGCAAAGGAUAUAAGACGGAGGAGGAGCAGAUGGCGGAGCUGCGGGAGAUCUUCAGAUCGUUCGACGGGAACAAAGACGACAGCUUGACGCAGGUGGAGCUGGGGUCUUUGCUGCGGUCGCUGGGUGUGAAGCCCAGCCAUCACCAGCUGCAGGCGCUGAUCCGAAAGGUGGAUACCAACCACAACGGACUGGUGGAGUUGUCGGAGUUUGUGGCCCUUGUGAAGCCGGACCUCAACCUCGUACAACCUCAAGCCUGCAGCUACCGCCAGGAUCAGCUGAGGAACAUGUUCAGGCUGUUCGAUAGAGACGGCAAUGGCUACAUCAGCCCCGCGGAACUGGCCCACUCCAUGGCGAAGCUAGGCCACCCUCUCACGGCUGAUGAACUCAUCGGCAUGAUGGACGAGGCCGAUACCGACCGCGAUGGCCGUAUUGAUUUUGACGAGUUUUCCAGGGCCAUCAACUCCGCCGCCUUCCUUAAUAAGUAA